GAUGAAAUUGGAAAUGCAGAUGCAUUGACCAUGUCAGCAGGCAAAAUUGUUUAUAUAUAUAAAAGCUUCCACCAUGUCAUCACUACUGAAUUUCCAGGUUAAAAAAAUUUGCAGUAGAAUAUGAAAAUGAUUUGUGCAGCGAGGACAGAAAAGCUCAGCCCAAGAAGAAACCCAGAAAACUGGCAAACCAGAAAGAUACUCUUUCAUUCAAAUUUACCCUUUAAAAUCACUCGGGAUUAUCUCAGAAAUAUUACCCUUCUCAUGGAUCGGUUACGCUUGCUUGAAUUUCUGCUUCUUCUUCUUCUCUUUUCAGAGUUUGAUGUUGAAGCUCAAAGCUAUGGCCGCCAAGAGGAUCAAACGCCUGUCUCAACUGUCAAACCAACUGUUAAUGUUGUUAUUGCUCUCCUUUGUAUCAUGUGUUCGUUUACAUUUAUCCUUAUUAUCUACGCAAAAUUUUGUCACAGGCCUCCCUCGGUUGACACCAAUCCACCAAAUAAUCCUACACUAAUCACAUCGACCUCAAGAUUUUCAGGAAUUGACAAGAAAGUCAUCGAGUCGCUUCCUUUUUUCAAAUUUUCUUCACUUAAAGGUUUGAAACAAGGGCUUGAAUGUUCAGUCUGUCUAGCCAAAUUUGAAGACAUCGAAAUUCUACGGCUACUGCCCAAGUGCAAGCAUGCCUUCCACAUCAACUGCAUCGAUCAAUGGCUUGAAAAACACUCGAGCUGUCCUCUUUGCAGGCACAAGGUAAACGCUGAGGACCCAUCAAUCUUUGCUUAUUCAAAUAGUAUGCGUUUCUUGUUGAACCCAUCUGUGGUUACAGAGGACUCUAACAUAGAGCUCUAUGUCCAAAGAGAGGAAGAUCAUCAGGGUUCAUCAAGAUUCAGCGUGGGAAGCAGCUUCCGAGAAAUUAAAGACAAAGAGACUAAUAAGGAAGAACAAGUGUUGAUUGGCGAGGAAGAUGGCAAUGAAAGUGAAAAUGAUCGAAAAGUUUUGCACAAGUUCAAUCACAAGAUUAUAAUAUCAGAUGUUAUUCUUAAGAACCGGUGGAGUUGCGCAAGUUCUUCAGAUUUGCUGCUGUUGAAUUCAGAGAUGCUUAAUGUUAUGUCAAGCCAAAUAUUUUCCAACUUGGAAGGAAACAAUGGUGGGCAAUUUCAGACUUCAAGAGUGAUUGAAAAUGAGCAAAUGAAGGACAUUAAAGAGGAGAUGGAGAUGAAAAGAUUGAUUGAAAUCAAAACGAAUUCAAUAAACAAAACUACCAGUGGUCUUGGGGAUGCUUCAGGAUCGGAUUCUGUAGUUAUUUCAAGAAGUUUUGAUCCAGCGAGAAGAUCAGUUUCAGAAAUCACAGCUUUUUCCAGAUUUCAAGAGUUGGAUAUGAAGAACAGAAUUAGGGAAACUUGUUUUGAUGGAGACGAAAGGAGGAGAAGGGUUUGGUUGCCGAUUGCAAAGAGAACAGUUCAAUGGUUUGCAGAGCGAGAGAAAAGGUCUCAACAGAGCCCUCAGAAAAUAUUAGAUGUGUAAAUUAAUUAUUUACCAAGUGUAAUUUGAUAGAUUUAUUAACAGUACUUGUACGUUUAUAAUCUUCAAAAUGGUUUACAGGAAUA